AUGACGACCUUCGACCCCUCCCCUUCACCCUCAACAGCGGGUGCAACACCCAUCCGCAUCCUCAUAAUCAACCCCAACACCUCACGACACAUGACCGACGCCCUGCGCCCCGUGGUGGCCUCCCUACGCCUCCCCCUGGCAGAUUACACCUUCUUCACGUGCCCCGCGCCGGGCAUUCCAAGCAUCAACUCCCCCGCGGACGCCGCCGAGUCGGCGAGGAUCUGUCUCCCGCACGUGAUCCCCCUCUUGGACACGCACGACUGCGUCCUAGUCGCAUGCUACAGUCAACACCCACUCGUGGGGCAGUUGAAGAGAGAGUGCGCGGCGCUGAAGUCGAAAUCGAGGUCGGCGCCGAAGAAAUACGUUACGGGCAUCUUCGAGGCCAGCGUGCUCGCGUCGUUGGCGCUCGUUGAUUCGAGCGACGGCGGCGGCGACGGAGACGGUGACGACGUGGCCCCCGCAUUCGGGAUCGUCUCGACGGGCAAGAUCUGGGAAACCGCGCUACAGGGGGCUGUUGAGGAGUUUCUGGGUGUGGAUGCGCCGACGCCACACUCGCGCUCGCGCUCGCGCUUCGUAGGCUGCGAAACCACGGGCCUCAAUGCGAGCGAGUUACAUGAUCUUGACGGCGCGGAGGUGCGGGCCAAGAUGAUGGACGCGACGAAGAGGCUUUUGAGGAGGGGCAAAAUUGGUGGUGGUGGUGGUGGUGGUGGCUCAAACUCAGGCUCUACGUCAAACUCCCGCUCUCGCUCCCGAGUUCAGGCGAUCUGUCUAGGCUGUGCGGGCAUGGUUGGGCUGGAUGACGCGGUCAGAAAAGCGUGUGUGGAAGAAUUGGGCGAUGAGGUGGGUGACGCUGUGUAUAUUGUUGAUGGGGUCAAGGCUGGGGUGGGGAUGUUGUAUGGUUUUGCUAGGGGCGGGUUCUGA